AAAUAAACCACUGACAGACAGUUACCACAGCAGCAGCAGUGAGGAGGCCAUCAUCAUCGUCGACUGCUGAAAGAGCCAAGUUUUUUUUUUGUCUUUUCACGGACGGACGGGACGGGACGGAAAGUUUGUGUCCGCGAAUAAGUGAGUCAAUUUCCGUGGAUUCCGAUCGGGAAGUCGCGAUUCGACUUGGAUCGAUCGAGCCGCGCGUAGUGCACUCGUCCUCCGGUGGUUUCGGGUACGGUUUCCGGUCGAAAAAGCGAAGAAAACCUCGCCAAUAAGGAAAAUUUCCGCAGUGGGUGCAGAAAGAAGAAAAAAGGUGUCGACGAUUCAUUCGUUGUUGAUUUGACCCUCUUUCGUGUCUGAAGUUGGUGUGUUGAUUUUUCUACCGUCAUCCAACAGUGUCCAAUGGUGGCAAAAUUUUCAUCGCGAUAAGGUUUCCGCAGAAAAUUGGUGCUGCGAGAGUUUUGCGGCAGGAGUUUGGCGUUAAUCCGUGGAAUGUGGGGCACCUGACCCAGCAAAUUGAUUGCAUCGUAAUGGCGUUUCAGUGAGCUCUCGAGACGAGUGUUGAAAUAGAGAAGGAGUGAGGCAAGAAAUUGUUUCCAUCUUUUUCGUGAUUUUUCCACCCUCGAAACGGUGCUGUAAAACUAACGGAACUCCAGUGAGAGAGAUCUGGAGAGUGUGAUUCCCGAAAAAUUGUGCACCAGUUGUGGUCGAUUGUGAUCGUUAUAUGGGGGUGUCUUUCUCCGUCGAGAGGUAAAGAAGUGAAGGAAAAGAGUUACCGAGUCGAGAAGUGGGGGGUUGGUUGAAGCCCGUCAAAAGCGAAGAACAUUGUGAUUUUUUCUUUCCAUCAUACACACCCAGUUCCCGAUGUGCGUGGAGUCCGGGUUCCGGAACAAGGGCAGCAAAGCUGGAACCGUCUGAUAUUGGUCUGUGGGAAAUGUCCUCCUCGGCGACUGGACAUCAUCUAACGACAAUCCAGUCAUCCAGUGGUGGCGGCAGCACUUGCAACAACAACAACAACAACAGUCGCUCGAUGCUUUCGGUGAAUCUGGAAGCGGCCGCGAUGGCCAACGAUCCCCUGCGGGAUCUGUUCGAGGCGUGCAAAACGGGCGAUCUGGUCAAGGUGAAGAAGCUCAUCACGUCACAAACCGUCAACGCCCGGGACACCGCUGGGAGGAAAUCUACUCCGCUGCAUUUUGCCGCUGGUUACGGUCGUCGAGAUGUGGUGGAAUUCCUGCUAACCAACGGUGCAUCGAUCCAGGCCCGUGAUGAUGGAGGACUUCAUCCGUUGCACAACGCGUGCUCGUUCGGACAUGCCGAUGUUGUUCGCUUGCUCUUGGAAGCCGGAGCCAAUCCGAACACCCGGGAUAACUGGAACUACACCCCUCUGCACGAGGCCGCCAGCAAGGGAAAGGUGGACGUUUGCAUUGCUCUGCUGCAGCAUGGCGCUGAUCCGAACAUAAGGAACUCGGAAAAUAAGAUCCCCUUGGAUCUGGCAGAUCCUUGCACGCGACCGGUUCUCACGGGUGAGUAUCGGAAAGAUGAACUGCUGGAAGCGGCUCGUUCGGGUUCGGAGGAACGCUUGCUGGAACUGUUGACUCCAUUGAAUGUGAACUGUCAUGCCAGCGAUGGCCGCAAGUCUACUCCUCUACACUUGGCCGCCGGCUACAACCGGAUUCGGGUGGUGCAAAUACUGCUGCAGCAUGGUGCCGAUGUGCACGCCAAGGACAAGGGUGGUCUGGUGCCACUGCACAAUGCAUGUUCCUACGGUCACUUCGAGGUGACCGAACUGCUCAUCAAGCACGGUGGCAACGUGAACGCCAAUGAUCUCUGGGCCUUUACGCCGCUGCACGAGGCCGCUUCCAAGAGUCGGGUGGAGGUGUGCAGUCUGCUGCUGGCCGAGGGAGCCGAUCCGACGCUACUCAACUGCCAUAACAAGUCGGCCAUCGAUUCGGCACCGACGCGCGAACUGCAGGAUAAGAUUACAUACGAAUACAAGGGUCAUUGCGUACUGGACGCCUGCCGUCAGGCGGAUAUUCAGCGACUGAAAAAGAACCUCACCACUGAGACUGUGAAUUUUAUCCAUCCGUACAGCGGAGACACUCCCCUCCACGCCGUAGCUCAAUCCGUCUACCCGAAGCGAAAGCAAGUGCUGGAAGUUCUGAUCCGCAAAGGUGCUCUACUAAACGAGAAGAACAAAGACUUUCUUACGCCGUUGCACAUUGCCGCGGAUAAUUCCCACUAUGAGAUAAUGGAUGUGCUGCUGCGUCACGGUGCCAAAGUAGAUGCACUGGAUGGGCUCGGACAAACGGCACUGCAUCGGUGUGCUCGAGAGGAUAACAUCCAAGCUUGUCGGCUGUUGAUGUCGUACAAUAUUGACAUUAGUAUCGUUUCGCUUCAAGGAUACACGGCUGCUCAGUUGGCGACUGAGAACGUACUGAAAAUCCUACAGGACCCACCAUCGGAUACGGUGGACCUGGAGUGUCAACUGCUGGAGGCAGCUAAGGCAGGUGAUUUGGAUACGGUUCGACGGAUUGUCAUGUCCAAUCCGAUGACUGUUAACUGCCGUGAUCUGGACGGGCGUCAUUCGACACCGUUGCAUUUUGCUGCCGGAUACAACCGCGUUCCGGUGGUUGAGUUCUUGCUGGAGCAUGGAGCCGAGGUGCACGCCUCGGAUAAAGGAGGACUAGUACCGCUGCACAAUGCCUGCUCAUACGGACACUACGAGGUGACCGAGCUACUGGUGAAACACGGGGCCAAUGUGAAUGUUGCCGACUUGUGGAAGUUUACGCCGCUUCACGAAGCUGCUGCCAAGGGAAAGUACGAGAUUGUAAAGCUGCUUAUAAAGCACGGAGCAGACGUAACGAAGAAAAACCGCGACGGUGCAACUCCGUUGGAUUUGGUACGGGAAGGUGAUCAAGAUGUGGCGGACUUACUUCGUGGAAAUGCGGCUUUGUUGGAUGCCGCCAAGAAAGGUAACCUGGCACGGGUUCAGCGGCUUGUCCAACCGGACAACAUCAACUGCCGGGACGCUCAGGGUAGGAACUCAACUCCUCUGCAUUUAGCUGCUGGCUACAACAAUUUGGAAGUGGCAGAGUAUCUACUGGAACAUGGCGCCGACGUGAACGCACAGGAUAAGGGAGGACUGAUUCCCCUGCACAAUGCAUCGUCCUACGGGCAUCUGGAUAUCGCCGCUCUACUGAUUAAGCACAACACUGUGGUCAACGCCACCGAUAAAUGGGGCUACACUCCGCUGCACGAAGCCGCCCAGAAGGGACGCACACAACUCUGUUCGCUACUCCUCGCACAUGGUGCCGAUCCGUUCAUGAAGAACCAGGAAGGUCAAACCAGCCUGGAUCUGGCAACGGCAGAGGACGUCAAGUGUCUCCUGCAGGACGCCAUGGUCGCAUCCCAGGCAUCCAUCGCUGCUAACGGGGGCACUUCCAUGGCCAACAGUUCCCUGAUGGCAACCACGUGUUCACCAACGACCGAAACGGUCACACUGCCAACGGGUGCUUCUAUGACCCUAUCGGUUCCAGUUCCACAGCUUCCGAUACGCAGCUGUCUCAGUCCGGCGCAGGGAGCCGAAACGAACAGCGACGGGGUCGUCCUGGACGACGACAAGAUGCAACAGGUGGUAUCGAUCGAAUCGUCGGUGUCCGCUUUUCUCACUAGUCUACAGCUGGAGCACCUGAUUGAGCUGCUCGAACGCGAACAGAUCACCAUGGACAUCCUGGCCGAGAUGGGACACGAAGAUUUGAAACAGGUCGGCGUCUCGGCGUACGGUUUCCGACACAAGAUCCUCAAGGGCAUUGCCACUCUGCGUGCGACCACAGGUCUAGGACUGACUCCGAACCCGGGCACUCUUCUGGUUGAUCUGCUUCCCGACGACAAGGAGUUUCUUGCCGUCGAAGAAGAGAUGCAAGCGACGAUAAGAGAGCACCGGGACAACGGUCACUCUGGCGGUUACUUCAAUCGAUACAACAUUGUCAGGGUGCAAAAGGUUCAAAAUCGAAAACUGUGGGAACGAUACGUCCACCGGCGGAAGGAAAUAUCCGAGGAAAACGGGCACCAAGCAAGCGAACGGAUGCUUUUCCACGGGUCGCCGUUCAUCAAUGCAAUCGUGCAGAAGGGCUUCGACGAACGGCACGCCUACAUCGGGGGAAUGUUUGGGGCGGGCAUCUACUUUGCGGAGCACAGUUCCAAGUCGAAUCAGUACGUGUACGGGAUCGGAGGCGGUAUCGGUUGUCCGGCGCAUAAGGACAAGUCGUGUUAUCAGUGUCAUAGACAAUUACUACUUUGUCGGGUAGCUCUAGGGAAAUCGUUCCUGCAAUUUAGUGCAAUGAAGAUGGCUCAUGCGCCACCUGGACAUCACUCCGUCAUCGGACGGCCCUCGGCUGGUGGGUUGCAUUUUCCGGAAUAUGUCGUGUAUCGAGGUGAACAGGCUUAUCCGGAGUAUCUGAUCACCUACCAGAUCGUCAAACCGGACGACAGCGCCAGCCCGGAGGAACCAGCAAGAUGAUGGACAAUCUCCGCAGUCAGCAACAUCGGUCAGAAUAACAAUAUCGUGUUUGCCAGUACCAGCACUGGCAACAACAACAGCAGCAGCAGCAGCAACACCAACAAC